AUGGACACAAAAGCUCUGCAGGGAUCGAUAGACGGAUUCGCCGAAAUGCGAAAGAACAAGAUCGAGGGCAAGACGCGCACGCCGACAGCGGCCAAGUCCAUUGAUGAGAAGAUCGAAGCCAAGCAGAGUGAGAUCGCCAAGGCUCAACAGAGACUGGCGACCUUGCAAGAACAACUAACGAGCCUUCAGACCGAGCGCACCAACGGAUCGAAGCCGCUUGUUGGGAAGAGGAAGGCCCCGGAGAAACCGGAGACCGUGGAGACUCUCACCGCCAAGAUCCAGCGCAACCAGUGUAUCCUUGAGAUCAAGGAGGCGCUGGCAGUCGAGGAAGCCCUGGUCAGAGGGCUAUCCAGUCGUCUGUGUCCUCACUGA